GUUCCGCCCGACGUGGAGCCACGGAGUGCGCCCUUGGACGGACCUCGCGCCCUGAAGUUGUCACUGCGCGCAGGCGACGGGACAUCUGCUUUUCGAAAUAGUGAACCAGGCUUCGGCGUGACCACUUCUCUGUGAGUUGCAGAGCUGCUGGCAACUUUAGUAAGCAGUAACCUCAAGGUACAGCAGGGCAGACAGAGGAGCUACAUUCAAGACACUGAGGAAUUAGGUGACCACUACUUCUUCAGCACUGCAGCUCAAAUGAUGUCAGAUCUAAUUUACAACAUCAGGGGACAAAUGUCCGGUCCUGAGCAGGUUUGCCUCGGACAAGGGAUCUUUCAGCAUGCAUCGUUCAGAGAUGGAGAUUUUUUUUCCGCGAGGUUGCAGCACAGGAGCCUCCUAGAUUCGAAUCCAGUGGAUAUAAUGUAGCAUGACUCCUCAGUAUGACUUAAGUGAAGACUCGCCAACCUGCACAUGUUCAGGGAUGGAUCUCAAGAACUAUACAACUGUCAUGGACGAUGGGGUUUUGGACGAGGCACCGUCGAGCCGCGUCCUAACCGGCUGUUUCCUCUCGCUGCUCAUCCUCACCACCUUGCUGGGAAACACUCUAGUGUGUGCGGCCGUCACCAAAUUUCGACACCUUCGCACCAAGGUGACCAACUUUUUUGUGAUCUCCCUGGCCGUGUCAGACCUCUUGGUUGCCAUCUUGGUAAUGCCAUGGAAGGCUGUGACAGAGAUUACUGGGUUCUGGCCAUUCGGCUCCUUUUGCGACACCUGGGUGGCUUUUGACAUCAUGUGCUCGACAGCGUCCAUUUUGAACCUUUGCGUGAUAAGCCUGGACCGGUACUGGGCCAUCUCUAGCCCCUUUCGCUAUGAGAGGAAGAUGACACCCAGAGUGGCCUAUGUGAUGAUAAGUGUGGCCUGGACUCUGUCUGUCCUCAUUUCUUUCAUCCCGGUGCAGCUCAACUGGCACAAGGCCCAAACUAAAUCUUACAGCCCUCGGACUGGGUCAUCUGGCAGUUCAGGUUUAAAUGCUACAACCUACCACAGUCCAGAGAACUGUGACUCGAGCCUGAACAGGACCUACGCCAUCUCAACGUCUCUGAUAAGCUUUUACAUUCCUGUGGCCAUCAUGGUGGCAACCUACACCCAGAUCUACAGAAUCGCCCACAGACAAAUCAGGAGGAUCUCUGCACUGGAGCGAGCAGCAGAAAGUGCGAAAAACAGACAUGACAGCAUGGGCGGAGGGUCCAGCAUCGCAGAGUCCGAGAGCUCUUUCAAAAUGACGUUCAAGAGGGAGACCAAGGUGCUGAAGACUCUCUCCGUCAUCAUGGGGGUAUUUGUGUGCUGCUGGCUUCCCUUCUUCAUCCUCAACUGCAUGGUGCCCUUCUGCGAGCAGUCGAGCGGAGGGGAGGCGUUCCCCUGCGUCAGCCCCACCACGUUUGAUGUGUUCGUGUGGUUCGGCUGGGCUAAUUCCUCCCUCAACCCCAUCAUCUAUGCCUUCAAUGCAGAUUUUCGCAAGGCCUUCUCCAUCCUGCUGGGCUGCCACAGACUGUAUCCAGGAGGCCACAACAUAGAGACGGUCAGUCAAAACAAGAAAUGACUCAUAACUCUCUCACAGCACUGACUCAUCCUUAAUGCUAAGAGUCCAAGCGUUCCUGUUGAGGCCGGUCUGAUCAACUUCAGACGAGGACGCUACUCUCUGUGCAAACUCCAAGUGUGACUGAAGGAUACAGUGACCCGACAUGUACCCUUGUUUGCGCCAGGCGAGAGGCCCGCCUGUGUGCAGACUGUCAGAGUGAGCUUUCCAUGUUCACCAUGGUCGCUACGCUGUCUUUAGAUGGAAGAAGCUCCUGAAAGAGGAAAGGGGAUUUGGGGGGGGAUUGAGAUUAAGACUCUCUGCCGUUGUGCCAGGGAGCGCAGCAGUGCUGACACGCCUCUGGGAUAGAUAAUCCCAUGACUGGGCAGCACAUCCCCUAAUGCUGUCAGACACUGCUCUCUUCAAUACCAUCACACACACGUACCCAAACACAAACACUGUCAAAACAUGCCCCUGUGAAUGCAGUGCAGUUGCAGCACACUACAACAAAUUACACGACAGCACCCAGAAACACUGUUCAUCAUUGCGUUCACAUCCUGGGCCCUGCGAGGAUUCCUGCGGUAAAGCAUCAAACCAAAUCAUAUUUCUACAGAGAUGAACUUUUAGGUUAAGUCCAUCCACAAGCAAUUGUUAUUUAUGUCUCAGAGCUGUUAUUUAUAUCUCACUGUAAUGAGAUCAGAUCGUCAUGAUUUUAAAUCAAAUGUACGAAACAGACAUGUGAUAAAUUAUUUGUUUCACUGCUUGAAAGUGUUUUAUGGAUGAGUGUCUCAUAUUACUUUGUGUCCUGUAUUUUUCAUUAACAACAGCCGAUGACCUCUUUUACAGAACAAGCAAAGACCAAAACAAGUUUUGCCUGACUUGUGGUGUCUUUGGCUGCUCAGCUUCGUUUUGAGGCUGAGACAGAAUUGUAUUUGAUUUAAUAAAGUUUUAGUAAAUCCAUU